GCCGUCGCUACUGUCUCUCGUCGGUAAGUUCCCCUCUAUCAUUUCCUUCUUCUCCGACAUGUAAUCUCACUGCCCAUGGUGAAAAAUCCUUUUCUUUUUCCAGUUUUUUACUCGCGCACCAAACGUGUUCGAUGAAAUGUCUCAAAGAAAAUCAUUUGGACUGAUAACGAAACUGCUUUAUCUCUUUGCUUUUGUACUGCGUUUCUAACACUAAUAUGAUCUGGCUGGUAUAGUUUCAAGGAAGAUGGCUAGUGGUAGCCUGAAAAGCCUUAUAUCUUCAGCAGUGGGUCGAGGUGUGACCGAAGCAAGAGCCAGGAUUUUCGGACAUAUGCUUAACCCAACGGGACAGAGAUCUCCUCAUAAGAUAUUAAGGAAGAAGCUUAUUGGUGAUAAGGUUGCAGAAUGGUAUCCAUACGACAUCAAGAAUGAGGAUCCUAAUGUCUUGGCUAGAGAAGAACAAGAGCGGAUAUCGAAGCUUGAGAUGUUGAAGCGUCGUAACAAAGGACCACCAAAGAAGGGUCAUGGAAAACGUGCUGCGAAGCGUAACAAGUAGAAGUAAUAACCAUAGCUACAAAAAAACUCUGCACUUUUAGAAUCAGCUCUUCUGGUUGGAUCAGAUAGAACAAGUAAAAAUUUCUCCUACUUAAAACUGCAUUGGUUUCUAGUGAUGUUACUAUGUUGAGACAUAGUUUAAAUUGCUUCCCUUUUGACUAAAUGUCAAUGGCUUUGUUUCUCUUCUCUUACUGCUUUUCUUUAAAUCUUUAGAUGCUUUAAGAUAAAUUUCGAUUUUGUGU